AUGUGGGCAUGUAACUGCCAGGGAGAUCUAGGAACGCACAGGAGUUUGGUUUCUUUAGGAUUUUUCCAGCUGGUCGGAGGGGAUAGUCCCUGCUCAGGACGUGUGGAGAUCCGUGAUGGGAACCAGUGGAAAACUGUCUGUGACUCAGACUUUGGUCCCAAAGCCGCCAACGUGGUCUGCAGGGAGCUGAAGUGCGGCGCAGCCCUGUCCGUGCCCGGGUCAGCUCACUUUGGAGAAGAGUACACAGGGUUCAGGCUGGUGAACGGCAGCACGGCGUGUGAGGGGAGGGUGGAGGUCCAGGUGCUGGGGACCUGGGGCACCCUCUGUGCCUCCCGCUGGGAUCUCUUGGACGCCCACGUUCUCUGUCGUCACCUCGACUGUGGAUUUGCUGAGUCUCUUCCUGGAGGAGGGCAUUUUGGGAGAGGCACCGGCCCUGUCUGGACAGACUCAUUCCACUGUGAUGGGACUGAAGCCCACCUGGGACAGUGCCCAGUGACUGCCCUGGGGGCCUCGCGAUGCUCCCACGAGAACGAUGCUGCUGUCAUUUGCUCAGGCUCAGCCGGCUCCAUGUCCCUGCGGCUGGUGGGUGGAGGGAGCCGGUGCGACGGACGAGUGGAGAUCUUCCAGCACGGGACGUGGGGCAGAGUCCUGGAUGACCAGUGGGACGUGCAGGAGGCCAGCGUGGUGUGCCGGCAACUGCAGUGCGGAGAGGCAGAGACAGCCUACAAUCCCCCGAAGGCUGAGAGAGGGACGGGUCCCGUGGGGCUGCGAGGGGUCCGGUGCGCAGGGCACGAGGCCAACCUGACCCUCUGCAACACCUCCCUGCCUGCAAGUGCACCAGGAGCAGGGAUUGCAGAGGACGUGGGGGUCGUUUGCUGGGGGAGCCGGCAGGUCCGGCUGGUGAAUGCGACUGGGCGCUGUGCGGGAAGAGUGGAGAUCUACUACCAGGGCAGCUGGGGGACCAUCUGCGAUGAUGGCUGGGACCUGUCUGAUGCCGCAGUCGUUUGCCACCAGCUGGGCUGCGGAGGGGCGGUGGAGGCAGUUGGCUCUGCUAAGUUCGGGGAAGGCUCUGGUCAGAUCUGGCUGGAUGGUGUGAACUGCUCCGGGGCCGAAGCUGCCCUCUGGGACUGCCCGGCAGGGUCCUGGGGGCAGCACGACUGCGGGCACAAAGAGGACGCAGGAGUCGUCUGCUCAGAGUUUGUGGCCCUGAGGCUGGAGAACAGCAGCAGCUGCUCCGGGCGCCUGCAGGUUUUCUACAACGGGACGUGGGGGAGCGUUUGCUCCAACUCAAUGACUCCCGAAACUUGGUCGCUGGCAUGCAAAGAGUUGGGCUGCGGGGAUGGAGGGUACCUGGCUACACCCCCGCUCUACCACAACUUCUCUGGUCCCACCUGGUUGGAUCGUGUGGAGUGUGGGGAGAGAAACAGCUCCUUCUGGCAAUGUCCCUCCGCUCCCUGGCACCCGCAGUCGUGCGAUGACCUGCGAGAUGAGACCCACAUCACCUGCAAUGGGAGACGGCCAGAAACACCCCCGGCCCUAGGGACCCUGUGCCCUAACUCCACAAGCUGCACAGACAGGGAGAAGAUUCGUGCCGUGGGAGGCGAGAACAGCUGCUCAGGCAGAGUGGAGAUCUGGCACCGCGGCUCCUGGGGGACGGUGUGCGACGACUCCUGGGACAUGCGGGAUGCCGAGGUGGCAUGCAGGCAGCUGGGCUGUGGCCCUGCAGUGUCUGCUCUGAAUGAGGCUGCAUUUGGGGAGGGGACAGGCCCCAUCUGGCUGGAGCAGGUGGAGUGCCGGGGGACAGAGCCGUCUCUGCAGGACUGCUGGGCUCGGCCUGGGGACAGCGGUGCCUGCCGGCAUAAGGAGGAUGCUGCUGUGAACUGCUCAGAUCCCACGCGGGGCCGUCCGACCGGCAGCAGGAGUGUCUCAUUGCCCGUCAUCAUCUGCAUCAUCCUGGGAGCCCUUCUCUGCCUGCUCCUGGCCCUCCUGGCAGGGCAAGUGCGAAGCGCCAGGGCUGGGCGCAGAGGCUCCGAGAGAGCUUGGGAGCCCUUCCCUGAGGCCGUCUAUGAGGAGAUUGGUUACAGCCCAGCUUUGGAGAAGCAGGCAAGGUUCAGCCGCUCAGGCUCCUAUUCAGAGGGGUCCCUGACCAAGCUGCAGCCCUACCCCGGGGACAGCAAGGAGGAGGAUGGUCCAGGGUCAGCACCAGACAUCCCUGUCCUGGCCGGAGGUGACCCAGUGGAUGGCUAUGAUGAUGCCAGGGAGGCUUCUGACCCUGGGGAGGAUCCUGCCCCUGGACAGGAGGGCUGGGAAAUGCCCAGGGCACCAGAGGAGGGAGCAGGGCCCAGGGAUGCACGUGGAGAUGUGCUGCCACCUCACACACACCCAGGGCCGGUGGCUCAUCUCCCCGAGGAGGAGGAGGAGGAGGCAAACCUCUGCCAGGUUCCAGAGUAA